AUGGACACGGCGGGUGAUCCCCAAUACAGGAGGAGUUGGGGGGGAUCACCCACCUUCGCCCCCCCCCCUCCCAGCCGCACCCCUGGGGUGGGUGACACCCCACGUCCCCCCCAUACAAUCCGGGGCUGCGGCCCUUUAAUUUCCCCCCUCCCAGUCUCAAAAUGGCCGCCGGGGUUGACACGCGGGGAUCCAUCCAGGAGCGCGCGGGAAGCGGGACCCCCGCCAUGUGCUCCCUGGGGCUGUUUCCCCCCCCCCCCCCCCGGGGAUCUCACCCUCUACGAGUUCAACAACGGCCUCGUCAGCGGCCGCCUCAGCCACGAGCCCACCCCCCCCCUGCACCCCCAGCUCCCUGUGCUCAGCCUGCCCAGGGACACCCUCAAGGCCCAUGGGCGCCUGGAGCAGAGCACCCGCCCCCCCUUCAUCCACCACCGGGAAUCCCUCUGGAAGCGGAGUCUGAGUGCCUGGAGGGACCUGGGUCUGUGGGGGGUCCUGAAGGAAAUUGCCACGGCUGAGGAGGAGGGGCUGCAGUGGGAUGAAGAGGGGCUCGACCUUCACGCUGGCUGUGUGCCAUUGGCUCUCCUCCCUCCAUGGUUCCCUCUUCCCCACCUCUCCCUGACCAGUGAGGACAUGAUUGUGGCCUUCUCCAGGCUGUGGACUGGACCAACUGCACCAUCAGAGCCUUUCUCCUGGCACCCCCACACCAGUAAAUUUGCUGUGGCUCUCCUGGAUGAUUCCAUCCGAGUCUACAACUCCACCAGGUCUCCUCCUUCCCCUGGGGUAUUCAGAGCCCUCCUCAGGAGAAGACUCCACCGGCGGCUCCUGCAGCCUCCCCGCUGCUCUCCCCCCACUCAACCUCUGUCCCCAAGCUGGGACUUCAAACCAGCAAGUGCCACCUCCCACCCCGGGGCUGGGCUGGGGACAACCCAGGACAUGGCACUUGAUGCCACCAGUGCCACCAUCCCCUCCCUGAAGCAUCGCCUGCAGAGGAACGUGGCUGCCAUGGCCUGGAAGCCCCUUUGUGCCUCCAUCUUGGCUGUUGCCUGUCAGACUUGUGUCCUCGUGUGGCACUUGGACCCCACCUCCCUCUCUACCAGACCUUCCUCAGGUUGUGCUCAGGUGUUGUCCCACCCCGGGCACAGCCCUGUCACCACCCUGGCCUGGGCUCCAAGUGGGGACCGUUUGCUCUCAGCGUCACCCAUGGACACGGCCAUGCUGGUGUGGGAUGUGUCCACUGAAAACUGUGUCCAGCUCCAGUGGUUUGGAGGUGGUGGUGUCACCUUCUUGUCUUGGUCACCCGAUGGCAGCAAGGUCCUUGCAGCCACCCCUUCCGCUGUCUUCCGGGUGUGGGAAGCUCAGAUGUGGACGUGUGAGCGGUGGCCGACAAUCAAGGGACGCUGCCAGACUGGGUGCUGGAGUCCUGAUGGGAGCCGCCUCCUCUUCAGUGUUCUGGGAGAGGCUCUGAUCUUCUCUCUCUCCUUCUCUGAGUAUCGGGGGGAGCUGCAGGGCCAAGUUGGGGGCUCCAAAAGGGCCUCGAUUGUCGCUGAUCUCUCUGAGACCUCCUUUGAGACCCCCUAUGGGGAGGAGAGGAUCGGAGGAGAAGUUCACUCCAUGGUGUGGGACCCCACAGGAGAGAGGUUGGCAGUGAUCAUCAGAGGACCCCCCAACACCCCCGGAUCUCAGGUGGUGGUAGCUGUGUUCCGCACCCGCAACAGCCCCAUCUUUGAGCUCCUGCCCUGUGGUUUCCUGCGAGGUGAGGAGGGGGCACAACCCCAGCUCAUUGCCUUCCACCCCUCUUUCAAGAAAGGAGCUCUCCUGACCGUGUGUUGGUCCACAGGGAAGAUCACCCACAUCCCCUUCUUCUUCAUCAGUGGCCACGUCCCCUGUGGCAGCCCCGAUGUCACCGUCCUGCCCAGCGCCAGCGUCCGAGAGCAGCCGCUCUUCUCCGAGCUGUGAUCUCGGUGUCCCCAACACCUUUCCCAGGAGCCAGGAUUGGGACAUCCCCUCCAUCCUCCUCCUCCUCUGGGUUCACUCUUCAUCCCCUAUAGGGGGUGGGAGGUUUUUGGUUUUUUUUGGGGGGGAGGUUGUGUUCUGGAAGGUUCUGCUGGGGUCUGGGGACAUUUUGGGAUGUGGGAUCCAGGGAUCCAUUUCCUGGAGCUGAAAUUAAAGUGGAUUUAAGGCCCUUCUGGUGGA